UGUUCAGUCAGCAUCAGGUAGCCCCAGGGGCUGCAGAGACCUGGCACGGCCUCCUUUCGGGGCCCCGGGCUGCAAGCGGCGGCAGCCAACCGCGGACAGGGUGAUGAAGUUUGUUCUAGAAGGAUUCUGGGUUUGACACGUUGUCAUUGGUCACCCUGUUUCUGUUUGCUGGAGAGUAGGGUCAGAACCAUCCAGAGAAAUCCUCUCCAGGGGUAGGUGGCAAAAACCUACUGGUCCUCUUUAUCUAUGCAGACUGAUCAAAACUGCCACAGUAGCAUAAUCCUUUUGUGGUUUGAAAACCAAAGAUAACACGCUUCUUUUUUUCCCCUUUAAUUUGUACCAAAAUAGUAGGAAAAGCUGAUUUUCUUUAGUAGUAAGCUGCUAGAUCAGAUGACAGUGGUUUUCUUAAAUUAGCAAUAUCGUUGCUACUUCUGAUUAUGAAAUAAUAUGCACAAAAUUAGUCAAGCAACAGAGGACUGUAUAAAAUAGAAAGUGAAAGCCUUUCAUGAUGACUGCAGUUAAGUUGCGUAUCCCCUUGUAGACGUGUGUCUGUGUGGGCGCCCACUUGCACCCGGCACGGUCCUGGCCGACCUCCCGUGCGCCAGGAAGGCAGCCGUGGUGGGCACUGGGGGGCGGCUGCCGGGGCUGUGUGGGUGAUUUCCAGAGUGUAAGUCUUGUGUCGUGAAGCAUAAGACACGCGGACAAGUGCUCAUCUCUGUGAAUCGUCACCAGCUCGAGAGAUGGACGCCACCCCCGUGCUCCCCAGUCCCAAAGUCCCUUGUUUUCCCGGCCUGUGCCACUGUCGUUCAUAUACGGGGGUCAUGCGGUGCGUGUUCUGCUCACUGUCGUGGUUGCUGGAUAUUAUGACAGUCUUUGUUGUCGUGGCUGUGGGCUAUCCCACGCACGGAUCUAUCACAACAUGUUAUCUGCGGUCGGGAGCCACUUGCACCUCUGUGAUUACUGCCACGAACGUUUUUGGAUUUGUCCUUUGUUGCAGGUCUCCAGGCAUCUUGUGGGCGUGACCCUGUGACUGGUCACACGAUAGCGUGGGGGGCUGCAGUGUGUUCCAGGGUGGCUGGGCUUGCGUGUCCUAGUCCGGCCCCUGGCACUGUCGGCUCAGCGUGUGUGUGUGUGUGUGUGUGUGUGUGUGUGUGGCCGCUUUACAGGGUGUAUGGUGUUCUGGAUUUCAUUUGUAUUUCCUUGAUCUUUAAGUUUCUUAAUUUUAACGUGGCCUGGUUUGUCCAUCUUCCCUUGGUAGUUCUGUUUUGCUCUAAGUCAAGGUCGUAAGAAUGUUUCUCCAUCUUACGUUCUUUAUUGUUUUGCCUUUAGCGUGACCGUCGAUUUGGGGGAUGGCGUGAACUAGGGUCAGGUGUCAUUUUUUUCCACACGGAGAUCUAAUUGUCGUGGCCCCAUGUAUUUAAAAGAUCCUCCUGCUCGCUGCUCUCCAGCGUCUCCAGCGUCAAAAGUCUGCUGUGUGCAGACCUUGUGCGUGGGCCUGUCCCCGGGCUCUCCAGUCUCUGCCAGCCUGUUGGCCCCUGGAACCAACACCACAGCACCCUCGUCAGCAUAGUUUCAUACGAUUUGGGUUUUUAAGCCUUUUUAAAGUAUAGCGCAGACGCAGAAACCAGGAAGUAAGUGUGUGGUUUGAUGGGUUGUUAUAAGGUGGACGCUUUUGUGACCAUCACUUGGGUCAAGAAACGGACCUCUGCUGGCUCCCCAGACCCCUCAUCCGUGUCUCCCCCACCGUCCCCCGCCGUCCUGACGGAAGUAACUGCCAGCCUGGCUUUUAUGGCAAGUCCGUCCUUGCUUUUCUUCGUAGUUUUGUGACCGAAUCACAUACCUCCAAGUCCUAGUUAAGUUCUGCCCGUUGACUUAGAUGGCAUUUCAGUAUUAUCUGUAGCUCGCCCCCCACCUCCCGUGGAAGUUUUUUGUGGUUGGGCUUGUGGUUCUCACAGUCUGGAUUUCGCUGAUGGCGGUCCUCCCGUGUAGUGUCAUCUCUCCCUGGUUUCCUGGGAAGGGGUAGUUGGAUAUAGAGGUUUGAUCAGAUUCGGGUCUGACUCGGCAAGGCUCCUUCACAGGGGUGUUGUGGUCCAUCAGGAGACACCUAACGUGCAAUGUCUUUCUUUCUCGAUGUUGGCAGCCAACGAUGCACGGACGACAUGCGUUAAUUCCAGACAAGUUACAAAAUGGUGAUGCUCCUGCUGAGUUACUGCAGCUGCGUGUAUGAGCCGGACUUCCAAUCAUGCACAAGGGUCAUCGUGCUGUCAGGAUGACGGCGCUCCGGUCUCCGAGACAGGACGCGGGUCUGCGCUGCGUCAGCUGGUGUCUGUGCCGAGCGGCGGGCCGUGCUGGGGCCCCUGGCAGGCGGUGCUCCGUGCCCUGAGAUGAGACGGCACGCUCACCGGUCACAGGCCCUCUUCUCCAGUCAGACUGACGAUCGGCCACACUCAUGCGCGUCCGGGAAGACGGCAUCGUCUUGAAAAAGCUGAAGGCGACGCACGUCUGGGGGUGCGGAUGCGCCUUUGGAUCAGGUUUUCGCCCACCUAAGGUAACGCGACGAGGCAGCCAGAAUAGUUAUGGUCAGUCAUGGAGAAUAGCCAGGAGCCUCGUCCCAAAGGGGAUGGCCAGUUUGUUUCUGCUAAAAGAAAUUUUAAAAUAGAAGGGGAAGAUGUUCGACUCCCGAAUCACGGUCUGGAAGGAGUGGAGUUUAAAAGCGAGCAGGACAGGAAGCGGGCCGACGGCGGCGGGGAGCGGGCGGAGGCCGGGGAGGCGGGCGGGGGCCGCGAGCCCCCCGGCCAGCGCCUCCCUGCCGACCAGGAGGAGGAGUACGGGUCCCUGUUCUCCCAGUACAGCGGCACGCUGUACGACGUGGCCAUGGAGGCCGUGACGCAGAGCCUGCUCUCCGGCCGGGGCGCGAGCUCCCGGAAGAAGUCUCCGGCCUGGAAGCAUUUCUUCAUCUCCCCCCGGGACAGCACGAAGGCCAUCUGCACGUACUGCAUGAAGGAGUUCAGCCGCGGGAAGAACGAGAAGGACUUGAGCACCAGCUGCCUCAUGAGGCACGUGAGGAGGGCGCACCCCACGGUGCUCGUCCCAGAGAACGGCGGCGUGCCGGCCCCGCCCUCCCUCUCGCCGCCUCCGCUGCGGCUGCCGCCGGCGCCCGCCGACACCGGGGACCCGGGCGCCGUGCUCUCGCCCGCCAAGCUCGCCCCCAGACUGGCGUCCAAGGUCCCUUCCCGCGACGACGUGGCGGAGGAGUCCGCGGUCUCCCCCGAAGAAGUGCCCUCCGACGCGUCCGCCUCCGAGAAGGUGGGCAGGGAGGAGGCCCCGGGGGGGCCGCCGCCCCUCCCCACCCUCCACUGCGAGGAGAGCUCGGACAACGGCCCGGAGAGAAACCCCCCGCUCCCGAAGAGCGCGUCCGGGUCCCGGCGGCGGUCUGCCGUGUGGAAGCACUUCUACCUGUCGCCGCUGGACAACUCCAAGGCCGUGUGCAUCCACUGCAUGAACGAGUUCAGCAGAGGGAAGAACGGGAAGGACCUGGGCACCAGCUGCCUCAUCAGGCACAUGUGGCGGGCGCACCGCUCCAUCGUGCUGCAGGAGAACGGGGGCGGCCCGGGCAUCCCGCCCCCGUACGCCGCGCCCCCCACGCUGCUGCCCGCCCUGCCGCCCCCAGAGGGGGGCCCGGGCUCCGUGUCGUCCUCGCCCGGGACGCUGGCCCAGGAGUCCCCCUCCGCGUCCCCCGACCGGCCGGCCGAGGACUUGCAGGGACGUCUGAACCCCGGGGACGCGCUCCCGGAGGACGCGUCGGCCCUGUCCUCUGACGACGUGGGCGAGGCCUUGCUGGCGUCCUCCCCCGAGAAGCCGCAGGGAGACGGGCUGAGCCCCGGCCUGUUGGAGUCCGGCGCCGUGUUCCAGCAGAACAAGAAGGUCAUGAAGAGGCUGAAGUCGGAGGUUUGGCAUCACUUCUCGCUGGCGCCCACGGACAGCCUCAAGGCGGUGUGCCGACACUGCACCUGUGUCAUCAGCCGGGGGAAGAGGGGAGACGUGGGCACCAGCUGUCUGAUGAGGCACCUCUACCGACGCCACCCCGAGGUCGUGGGGAGCCAGAAGGGCUUGCUGGGUGCGGGUUUGGCAGAUUCUCCGUACGCGACCUUGGCCUCCGCGGAGGGUUCCUCCUCCAAGUUGACGGACCUGCCAGCGACGGUUACCAAACACAAUCAAGUUAUGUUUCCCAUUCACAGCAAAAAGACCUCCAAGCUAUGGAAUCACUUCUCCGUCUGCUCCGCAGACCCCACGAAAGUCGUGUGCUUGCACUGCGGCCGCACGAUAAGCAGGGGCAAGAAGCCCACCAACCUGGGCACCAGCUGCCUUCUGCGGCACCUGCAGAGGUUCCACGGCAGCGCGCUGAAGGCGGACGCGCCCAGGGCCGCGCGGCCCUCCUCACCCGGCCUCCGCGGGCCCCUGGGCGCAGAGCUGUCGGGAGCUUCUUCCUUGGAUGACACCGCCGAGAAGUUUUAUGAUUCCCACCCAGUUGCCAAAAAAAUCACAAGUCUCAUAGCCGAAAUGAUUGCACUUGACCUCCAGCCAUAUUCUUUUGUAGACAAUGUUGGCUUUAACAGGCUGCUCGAAUACUUGAAACCUCAGUACUCCCUGCCCUCGCCCUCCUACUUCUCCAGGACCGCCAUCCCAGGCAUGUACGAUAAUGUGAAGCAGAUAGUUAUGUCCCACCUGAAGGAGGCGGAGAGCGGCGUGGUCCACUUCACGUCUGGAAUAUGGAUGAGUAACCAGACCCGCGAGUACCUGACGCUCACCGCGCACUGGGUCACCUUCGCGUCGUCGGCCCGGCCGUACCGUGAGGACCGCCACUGCUCGGCCCUGCUGGACGUGUCGCAGGUCGACUGUGACUACGGCGGCAACGGCAUCAGGAAGCAGCUCGAGUGCUGGUGGGAGGCCUGGGUGACGUCCCCCGGCCUUCAGGUCGGGAUCACGGUCACCGACAACCCGAGCAUAGGGAAGACACUGAGCGAAGGGGAGCGAGCGAGCGUGCAGUGCUUCAGCCACACGGUCGACCUCGUGGUCGGUGAGGCCAUCAAGAGCCAGCGGAUGGUCCAGAAUCUGCUUAGCAUCGCGCGGAAGAUAUGUGAGCGGGUCCAUCGGUCGCCCAAAGCGAAGGAGAAGCUGGCGGAGCUGCAGAAGGAGUACGCGCUGCCCCAGCGCCACCUCAUUCAGGACGUCCCGUCCAGGUGGAACACGUCCUUCCACAUGCUCGAGCGGCUCAUCGAGCAGAAGCGGGCGAUCAACGAGAUGUCCGUCGAGUGCAACUUCAGAGAGCUGAUCAGCUGCGACCAGUGGGAGGUCAUGCAGUCCGUGUGCCACGCGCUGAAGCCCUUCGACGCCGCGAGCCGGGAGAUGAGCGCGCACGCGUCCACGCUCGGCCAGGUCAUCCCCAUGAUCCACAUCCUCAACAGGAAGAUCGAGAUGCUCUUCGAGGAGACCAUGGGCAUCGACACCAUGCUCAAGUCUCUGAAGGAAGCCAUGGUGAGCCGGCUGGCCGCCACACUCCACGACCCCAGGUACGUCUUUGCCACGCUGCUGGACCCCCGCUACAAGGCCUCCCUGUUCUCGGAAGAGGAGGCCACGCAGUACAAGCAGGAUCUAAUCAGGGAACUGGAGGAGCUCAACUCUACCUCAGAGGAUGCGCCCGUCUCCAACGGGUGCCACCCAGGCUCCCCCUCCAGAGACUCGGUUGGGGAGGAAGACCUGUGGUCACUCGUGGCCAAGAUGACCAGGAAGGGCCCCAAGGAGAAGACGAAGGUGCCCGAGGACAUGGUGCUUGCGUAUCUGGAGGAGGAGGUGCUCGAGCACAGCUGUGACCCCCUCACCUACUGGAGCCUGAAGAGGUCGGCCUGGCCAGGCCUCUCCGCUCUGGCCGUCAGGUUUCUGGGCUGCCCCCCGAGCAUCGUCCCUUCCGAAAGGCUGUUCGGCACACCCACCGAGAACGGAGGCUUCGGCCAGUCCAGGCUCACGAUGGAACACUUCGAAAAACUCAUCUUUUUGAAAGUGAAUCUUCCCUUAAUAUACUUUCAGUAUUGAAACUCACCGCGGAGCCACCGAACGGAAAAUACUGUUGGUUAUUAGGCACCAGCUGUUUGUCCCCGGGUGGUGGCGCGCUCGGGGGGUGGGGGUGGGGGCGUGUGGGACGCCGCGGCCGGCACCCUGAGGUGGCACGAGCCUCACCGUCCAGCUUCACUGUAAUGUCUCCGUGUGCCUUACUCCCAGCACCACAGGCCGGGUGUCACCGCGGGCUCUCGGCCCGCUACAGAGAGCCUGUCUUGCCGAUCAUGAAAUACGAUGACUAGGGUUUCAUUCAUAACUGUAAAGUUUUUUAAAAGUUGGGGUUAGUAAUUUGUUUUACUAGACUGGCAGAGAAGAUGUAAACGAUUUUAUCCUGUAGGCUUUUUAUUCAAUUAUGUAAAAACCACAAAUCAGGUACUGUAUUUUAGUUAAAAAAUUGCUUUAAUUCAACAAAACAGCUUUUGUGGCUGUUUAAUGAAAUCUGUAAAUAGGAGGUGGAGUUCAAGCCAUCCUGGCUGAGCAGUUUUUAACUGCAGGCUCUAUAAAGUAUGUCGAGGAGUACAGAGAAUAUUCUGGAACAUACCUGUUUACUGCAACAGAGGUGUGGCAUUUGAAGACAAAAUUAAGUUUAGAUGUGUCCCGCGAUGUUGGUUGUGUAGUGAUGUGGUAAAGAGAGGGUUCCGGUUCAUGCUUUUCAUUCAGGUUUUACACGGUCGGCUCGCUCAGAGAUGCCCCGACCGCUGAUCACGAGCCCCCGGACGCCUGCCGUGGGCCACGCGCAGUGGCCAGUUCACGGCGGUCCUGUCGGGGACGCCCCGAGCCUCGGACCUGGUGUCGCGACACCACGAAGCUAUCCUUUGAAAUUUGUGCACUGACCCCGCUGACCCCACUUUGAUCAAAUUAUGUAUAAAAUUCUUUUUAGAAGAGAUGGCUUAUUAACAGGGAAGAAGAUUGUUAUAUCGCAGUUGUAAGAAUAGCCUUAGGUGUUUAGAUUUUUUUAUAUAUAAUAGGGAAGAGUCAGCCAUCACGGGGGCGUUUCAGAAUCCCAAGGACAUCAGAAUGAAGCGUCAGUUGUCAGAUUGUUUGAAAAAUGAUACGUCUUCAGAGUUUUUGCUGCAACGUCCAGAAAAGGGUUCAUUUUCCUAUGUCAAACCAAUUAAAUGUUCUGGAUGAAGCAAGUCACUUGUUUGCCUGUGACCUUUUAGAAAAAUUGUUUUGUUAAAAACCUGUACCUGUUAUUAAUCUGGAUUUGCAUUGACUAUGUUUUAGUGUAUUUAUAAACGGCGAACUCAGUUUCUGAAAUUAAACUUUUUAUUUGCAAUUUUC